UUUUUGUAUUUUUAACUUUGACUAGUUGUCAUGGGAGGUGUAAAAUGUUAUAUUUUUUAGAUUAAAGGAGUAGAUGUGGCUACCCCCUUAGUUCAAAGUGCCAAAGUGUUAUUAAACCUAGUAUGAACAAAUAUGGAACUAGAAAGCCUUGAUCUAUCAUCGAACAACUGUAGCACUAUUUUCAACUUGGUGAAUAAGAAAUUUCACCGAUUCAUUACUAUUUACCCUUGAAUUUUUAACUCGCUAAAUUCCAUUUUGGACUCUCUUAAGUUAUAGACUCACUCUCACCUUAGUCAUUGAAAUUUAGUUUUGAAUACUUUACCCCUAUUAAUAUAAAAUCCACCCUUCUCUCACUACUCUAUCCCUAAAAUAUGAAAUUUAUCUACUCCAUUUUUUUCAUUAUUAAUGUCAUGCUUCCACUUUUUUUGUUAUCCCAAAAUAAGAGUCUUGUUGCAAAUGUCAAACAACUUUCAAUGCUACUUUUCUUUUAUACCCUUGAGUAAUAAUGACAAGAUUCCAUUAAUUAAUAAUAAAUAAUUGCUAUGACCCACCAUAACACUUGCACAAUUUCACAAGUUCCAUGACCUUUUGUUUUUAGUUUGGUAAUUUUCGUGUUCAAACAAUGGUUAAGACUAGAAGAAUAUGAAAAGUUGCAUGUCUCGAUUCUUGGGGCAAAGGAAGUAGUUUUAAUUCCUAAAUUUUAAGCAUCACUUGCUUACUAUUUUAUUAAUUUUGAUAUUUUCGUAGAAUGAAUUUCUUAUUUUAGAAAGUAAAAUAUCCAAAACCAAAGUACAAUGUAUUUUAAACUUUAGGAGGUAAAGCUUCUAAAAUUAAAGUUUAAAAAUUGAGUGGAAUGCAUCUACCGUCUAAGCUAGGGUUCAAAGUAAAAUUUACUUUUAAGUAUCUUGUAGUCAUGUACUUUCUUUAAGUCAACAAGUUCAAUUAUAGUACUACAACACGGCCAGGAAACUCAAGCAAUUUCACUCUACUUUUCUUUCUUCAAUAACAAAUAGUGACCCCUUACCUACUUUGUCCGUUAUAAACUUAAAAGGGAAUUUCGCCAAUUCGGUCCCUAAACAUUUUCACUUAAACCAAUUUCGUCCUUAAUGAAAUAUUUUAACCAAUUUAGUCCUUGAACUAGUUUUUUUACUUCUAAUGUAGGACUUUUCACUGCAUUUUACUCAAUUUGCGUUGACCAAUGGGGGUAUAAUUGUCACACUGGUUUAAUCUUUUGCAAUUAACCGACGAAACAAAUUAGAGAUGAUUACAAAAAAGGGGCGGGUUGCUCCUAUACAUUCCAGUUUUUCACCCCUCCCUCUCUUUGCCCAUCAGAUUAAUUGGCUGCCAACGCAGCAUUCAAAUGAUUCAAGCAGCAAUAUUUUGCUCUAAGAAGUACCGCUUACAAAUGGGAAUUCGAAGCGGUGGCCAUGACUUUGAGGGAAGCUCCUACACUUCUAACAUCCCAUUUUUUGUCCUUGACAUGUCCAACUUUCGUUCAAUCUCCAUAGAUAUUAAAGGUCGAACCGCAUGGGUUGGAGCUGGAGCAACCGUUGGGGAAGCAUACAAUAGCAUUUAUGAGGCGAAUAGCACUCUGGGAUUUCCAGCUGCCUACUGCCCUACUGUUGGCAUUGGUGGGCACAUCAAUGGCGGAGGCUAUGGUCCAUUGGUAAGGCAGUUUGGCCUGAACACGGACAAUGUCAUCGAUGCUCGUGUCAUCAAUGCAAACGGAAGAGUUCUCGACAGAAAGAGCAUGGGUGAGGAUCUCUUUUGGGCUAUUAGAGGCGGAGACGGUGCUAGUUUUGCUGUCAUUCUUGGAUACAAGUUGAAAUUGGUUGAAAUUCCCGAGAAAGUUACUGCAUUUUCCAUCAACAGAACCUGGGAACAAAAUGCAACUCAACUUCUGUACAAGUGGCAAUAUAUUGCCCCAAAGUUACCACUGAACCUUGUUAUCACACCCCAAAUUGUCAGUAUCAAUUCAAAUCAAACAGGUAAGAGAACUGUACAGGUUACAUUUGUGUCUGUUUUCCGUGGCAAAGUUGAUGAACUGCUUUCAAUCAUGAACCAACAAUUUCCUGAGUUGGGGUUGAAGAAAGAGGACUGCACCGAAAUGCUAUGGAUCCAAUAUUUUGCUUAUGCCGGCGGUCUACCAACUAGUAACAUUAAAGAGUUCCUGACCAGCAGAGUCUCUUCAACUAAACUGUAUUACAAGGCUAAAUCCGAUUUCGUCAAAGAGCCUAUCCCUGAAAAAGGGAUUGAAGAGAUAUUGAGAAAGCUUAAUGAAUUACCUCCCUUUGUGGGAAUGCUGGAGUGGAAUCAUUUUGGAGGAGGGGUAAUGGAAACAAUUCCCGAAUCAUCUCUAAUUUGUUUCGUCAGUUAAUUGCAAAAGAUUAAA